AUGGAGCAGAUGGAGCUCCUUUCGGAGUCUGAGUCCAUGUCGGUCGACCUCCAGAUAUGUUCAGACAGCGAAAGCUUGAAGAGCUGGUCGCCGGAUGAGAGUGGGUCGGAGUCUCUUCCGGCGUCAGAUAUGCCAGAUAUUGACGUGGACCAGGCAAAUGCGACGCCGGUCGCAAAUUUUGGCAGCGGCAUGGCAGGUGUUGGAUGUGCUGAGCAGGCGGUCGAGCGUGUGCACAAGGCCUUCCAAGAACUUCUUCUGUGUAAGUUCACCACGCGGGCGGUCGCCAAGAGAUCGACGCUGCAGUUCGUGUCUGCGUUUGACGUAUCACGGGCCUGCCAGAAUCUUUUGAUGGGUCGGUCGGAGCAUGUCUUUGGAGAUAUCAGGGAUGCCUUUCCGACUCUGGAAAUGCUAGGUCCUGACCGGCCGGUCGCAGAGCGGUGGGCACUGGCCAAGAGAGCAGCUGCCAACGUCCCAAGAAUAUGUCGGUGUCAUGUUGCAUGCCGGCCACCACCCGUGACGGUCGACAUCAGCGGUAGCCCAUGCCAGCCAUGGUCGAGAGCUGGACAGAAGAGGCGCUGGACCGACGGUCGGUCUGACCUUCUCCUGCUAUGGGCAGCCCUUAUGUUGAAGCACGAGCCGCCGGUCAUACUGCACGAAAACGUGUCUGGCUUUCCCACGUCGGUCCUGGAGGAUCUCAUGCAGGAAAAGUAUGUCAUUCAUCACUUGCGGGUCGAGCCACACCAUGUGGGCUUCACCUGUGUGAAUCGACCACGGGUAUAUUCCGUGCUAGUACAUCGGUCGAGAGCGUCGGUUGCCGAUAUCCCGACGGUCUACCAUUUCGUGACAAGCUUCUUCAAUUCCGUCGGUGGUGGACUGUCCAUCAGAGAUUGUUACAUAGGGUCGGUCGAGGAGACUCUAGAAGAGGAGAACUUCUGUCGCAGAGCAAAGGGUUUAGACAUGGUGCAGACGCCAAGCCGGUCGUGGGAAUGUCUGCUGACUGAGCAGCAGCAGAAAUACUUGGCAAAGUACCGUGAAACUUGGCAGCAGUGCCGGUCUGACAAAGAGCAGGAGCCGGUCUUUGAUCUCAGCCAAAACCCUGCACGUUUCCUUAAGAUGACUACAAAAGAUGGUCGCUUGCCAACUUUCCGCACGAAUACGAAAAUUUGGGUGGAUGGUUUGAGCCGAUGGCUUCUGCCGGUCGAAAUGGCAGCAGCAAUGGCAAUGAACUAUGGGGUCCUGGGGCAGCCCAACCGACAGCAGGUCGGCAACGGAAUGCAUGUGGCCAACUGUGGAGUAAUGUUGGCGGUCGCCUUGGUCGACCAGGUGGAUGACAUGGUACGACCAUGCCGUCCAAAUGGUCCGUGGCUGCUGGUUGGAAGACCAGACACAGUGCCGGUGUUCGCAUUGGAGCUGCCCCACGGUUCCCAAGCAGCUCAACGAGAAGGCUCUGUAGCCUACAGUUCGGAGAUGGCCUUGACAACGGUCGUAGACAUUGAAGCACUGGGGAAGGCCGCGGGCGCCAAAGAAGCCUCCAUCGUGUACUGGAGACGUUUGGUCUGGCGGGACUUGGCGUAUUGGCAGCUCCAGAUCUUCCCACAGAUGCGCAGUCGUCCUAUCCGUGCCCACUACGAGGGCCAGGCAUGGAACACGGAUCCGACAGCCCUGCGGCGCUGGCAGCGGGGUCAAACGGGGUAUCCGCUGAUCGAUGCCGGCAUGAGGGAGCUGUGGACGACGGGUUGGAUGGCCCAGAAUGUGAGGAUGGCUGCGGCAAUCCUUCUCUGCGAGCAUUUGAAUAUCCACUGGAUCGAAGGUGAGAGGUGGUUUCAUCACACUCUGGUGGAUGCCGACCAGGCCAUCAAUCCCAUGAUGUGGCAGAACGCCGGCAAGAGCGGACUGGAUCAGUGGAACUUUACGAUGCAUGCGGCUUCUGCGGGUAAGACACAGGAUCCGAAGGGACACUACAUUCGCCGCUGGUGUCCCGAGCUGUCAAAAUUGCCCACGCAAUUCGUCCACGCUCCCUGGGAUGCGCCGGCACAUGUUCUGGAAGCAGCCGGUGUCCGCCUUGGCCCGGACGGCAACUAUCCGAACCGCAUCGUCGUGGACCUUCAUGCGGCGGCCAAGCGCAGCGCGGAGGCGAUCCGAGAGCAGCGCAAGAGAUCGGCCAGCUGGAUUAACGACCAGGGGUACGAUCUCAUCGUGAUUCCCCGUGGUGCAUCCGUUGCACACGACGGCCAGAAGUUCCGCGUCUUCACGAAGCCCGAGUACCGCAAUCCUCGGACCUCGUCCGGUUGGAACGAAGAGGGCGGGAAAGGAGGACGUGCCAAAGGUCGCGGCAAAGGCCGCCAGCGCGCCCAGCAGAACGCCGAGAGCGAGUGGUCCGAGUGGUACUACGAUUCGGAGUGGCAGACAGCUGCCGCUUGGUCCUCCAACCACGGUGUCCUCGACGAAUACAUGAGGGCCUGGGGCGGAUAG